UUUUCCUCCACGUCCAUUGCUGAAGUGCUGCCGCACCCGCGCCUACUACUGACCUUAGGCUCGCAUGGGCCAGCCGCUUCGCGCGGUCGAUGCGGUGUUCAUAGGCGCCUUCAUGUCAACGCUGCUGUUCGGCGCAUACUUGGCAGUCGCUUACGAAUGCACGAGAGUUGUCAACAGGAGGCGAAAGCACCGCGUAACCCACAAGUUUCUCGUUGGGACGCAUCUGGUGCUUUUCAUCCUCACUUGUCUACGAUGUAUCACGGUCCUCACCCGCGCCAUGCUCGCCAUACGUUUCCAUAUGCUUCCCGACGGCGGCGUGGAUAUGGGAGCCCUCAGCAGCGCUCCGUCGAUGCUCAUAAACGUGGUCUGGUUUCUCGCUGUCAUAGUCUCUGACGCGUUCAUAAUUUGCCGCGUCGCGGUGGUCUGGCGUGGUCGGAUGCAUAUUGUGGCCAUUCCUAUGCUUGGAUGGCUCGCAAAUACCGCUAGCGGUAUCUACAUGCUACACGUCAUGAAACUGUACGGACCCGGUGCCGACGGUUUACAAGGCCCUCUCGUCGGCGCCAACGUCGCCUUCUGCGUCACUACCCUAUCCACCAACCUAAUCUCGUCAUGUCUAAUCGCCUUCCGCAUCUGGUCUGUCCGCCGCUCGGUCCAAUACCUCACGAGCGGCGCGCAUAGCGUAGUCAACAAUCUCCUCGCGGCCAUUCUGGAAUCGGCGGCGCUGUAUAGCACGCUCCUCGUCCUGCAUAUCAUAUUCGUGGCGACGGGAUCGCAGCUGAUGCUCAUUUGCGUCGAUAUGGAGGCGCCGACGAUAGGAAUUGUGUUCUCCUCCAUCAUCAUUCGCGUCUCCGAAGGUCGUGCUCACGGUAACACGAGCGACGGUGCCCCCACCAGUGGCGAGCCAUCCUCCGGCCCUCGCUCGCGGACAUGGACAUCAAUUGACCGAGGGGUACCACAUUCGGGGAAUAUCGACGUCGCUAUCAGGCUCGAGACGGUCACACAUCGAGAUCACGAGAACGUCGCAGAGCUGAGUCCGGGUGUCAAGGGGAAAGAGGGGGGGGAGGGAAUUGAUAGUUUUCAAAAUCCACGCCACUGUAUCUGAGUGGACGGCCCGCUACGAGCCUGUGAGCUGGAAGUGCGAAUCAUUAUACUAGGCGACACGUGUGAUUUAUGUCAGAGAGGGCGGCCUUUCCGCGAGGGGCUGCCGUCUUCCGGCAGGCUUGGAUGCCCUUGCCAAGCACUCUCGGCCUGUUUUUGCGCUUCUCCCCUUGCUGGAGUACAAAGGAGAGAGCUCGCAGCUGGUCAAUUCCUUCAAUCCGGAUGUGAGUGACUUGGUGGCGCGCUUGAAUUAGGCUGCGACGCCCCGACAGUACGGGCUACGGGAGAGAGCAGUUCACCCGCGACCGACGACCACAGAAUCUCCAGAUGUGCUCAGGAUAGUUGCUCCUGUCGAACUGCAUCCUUCGCCCGACGUAGCGCACCUAUAAACCGUCUGAACUCGUUGGUCCCUAUCUUACAGCAACAACUGUUCA